CCGGAAGUUCGGCGAACAGCAAGGGCAUCCCUGCGGAGGGGGGUGAUAGGUUCUCGGGCGAUGGGAAGUGACGUCAGCCCCGCCUCCUCUUGUGAUUGGAUGCGGAAGUCUCAGGGUAGUGCAGGGUCAAGAGGCCGGGCGGCUGUGGGUCCGGGAGGCGGCGUGUGUCAGGUGUGUGUCUGUCCGCCAGGCAGCUCCUUAUAUAAACAGAGUGCGGCAUGGAGCCUGAUAUGGGGGCCAGGGACAUGGCAGCUCCUCACUGACUAGCAAACAGCGGCCUGGGGAUAUUCACUAAACUCCGAAUGGCGGAAUUCAGACUAUAAUAGCUGAUCUGGAAACAUUCUCCAGCUGCAGGAUAGUCACAGCUCGGCUAGUCUAGUCUCGGGUUACUAUUGGAAUGUGGAAUUCACUGCACUUCUGAGUUUAGUAAGUGAACCCCUACAGGUCACAAUAUUAACUGUCCCAGGGAUACAGCUUUCUGGCUGGGACUCCUUCCCCCCCCACAAAGAUAUAUACACACACACACACACACACACAUACAGCUAUACAUUGGGAGCAACAGUGUGAUGAUCCUAAAAGUGAAAGGGCAAAGUACUGUACAAAAUCUCUAAAAUACCUAAUCUCAAUGCAGUUAGUCUGAAUUGUGCUCUUAUUUUGUAAACUUUGCUACAUUUUUAAAUGGCCUCAAAUACCUUUUUUUAUUUCUGCCCUGUGCUAGUUUUAGUGUUAAAUUAAGUGAAAAUAUGCGUGCACUUAAUUAUGCAUUUUUUUUUUUUUCCAUUGGGGUAUAUCUACAAACACACUGUAAAAUUUGCAGAUCUCUUGUGUCCUGCCUAUGCAAGCCCUAGACUUUCUGUGGCUGUCUAAACACAAGCUUCCCAGUGCAGCUCAAUGAGAAGUCUUUGUAAGGCAGGUGCUCUGGGCAAUGGCUUCCUCUUGUGUUUAGCUCCACUGAAAUUUCGAACCGACCUGAAAGUACCAAAUGUCGUCCUAACACAAAUGAACAAUCUGUACUCAUUCUGUUAGGGUGAAAUUCGGUAGUUUCGCCGGCGUUCUGUCUAAAUGACAGGACGUUCGGGAAUACUGAAAGCAGGCAUCACGGAGGAAAGGGUGAGUAUUGUGGGAAAAUUUCUCUGACCCACAGGAAGUAGGUCAAGGCUGCUCAAGUGUAGGAAAAAUACAUAAGACAAAGCAGUCCCUAUUUUGUCAUAUGUUUUAAAGAAAACUAGAGCCAAUAGGAAGAAACGGAGAACAGAUCCCGAGAGAGGGAGAGAACAGGAAGUGAUUAGGGAAAGGUAAGUUCGGCAUGAUAGUGCCACUUAGGUAUGAAUUGCUGCUAACUAAUCUGUAGAUUGGAUACUUUCUGGGUUUUUUUUUUUUUUUUGUUUGGUGUUUUUUUUCUCUGAUUCCCUUUGAACAUAUGUUUUUGUACAAAUGAUGAAAAUAAUGUAUAAUUACUUUUAAACAUUGGUAGGGUUAUUAAUUUUUUCUCAAAGGUGACCAGUCACUAGGACCAGAGCUCUUUCAUAGAAUUAACAUUGGAACUGUUGCCUUUAUUAUUAUUAUUAUUAUUAUUAUUAUUAUUAUUAUUAUAUUUAUAUAGCACCAACAAAUUUAGCAGUGCUUUACAAUGGGUGGACUAACAAACAUGUAAUUGUAACCAGACAAGUUUGAAACCCAGAAACAGAGUGGUUGAGCUUUAAAUUUACUUCCAGAUAAAGACUGUGUUUUUUGCUGUUUUGUAACCCUGUAAAUGUAUUGAAGAUGUUUCUUACUCUUAUGCUUGGGGAGGAUAUCUUCCCAUGUGCAGGAAAAAUUCUUAUCCCAUUGGUUCUCUGAACUGACCAUUUGGCUGGAAAAUAAACAUUCAUUAUUACUAAAAGGAGUGUUUUUAUAUGUGUUUUGAACACCUGUGUGUAUUUGUUUACACAUUUGCUCUGACUCUACCCUAGCUUAUUUUCAUUUGCUCUUCCUAUGCCUCUAAGGGCAUAUCAAGUUUCUCGAUGUAGGAAGCAGUAACAGAAUUUUCUCUAAGAUUAGGAUAUAAAAAGGUGAAACAUCUUUUUGUUAACCUCUUAAUCGGUUACUUUUAAUCCCUUAAGGACCAAACUUCUGGAAUAAAAGGGAAUCAUGACAUGUCAGACAUGUCAUGUGUCCUUAAGGGGUUAAAGGACCACUAUAGGCACCCAGACCACUUCAGUUUAAUGAGGUGGUCUGGGUGCCAGGUCCAGCUAGGUUUAACCCUUUUUUCUAUAAACAUAGCAGUUUCAGAGAAACUGCUAUGUUUUUAUAAAUGGGUUAAUCCAGCCUCUAGUGGCUGUCUCAUUGACAGCCGCUAGAGGGCUUCUGCGCUUCUCACUGUGAUUUUCAACAUGUAUAACGGUGCAUGGUUAGAAAUGCUGUUAAUAAACAUCUGCAGUAAGUAGUUAAUUGUCUCAACUCUGAGUUGCAGUGAAAAAUGUUUUACAAACAAAAACUGCUGACAGAAUAUAAUGCUUUAUAUUUAGCUACUAGGUGUUUGAAUUUGAUCUGAGUACUAGUUUUGAGGCUGCAAUUUAUUGACCAAUGUGGAGGGAGGUAUUUUAUCAAUUCUUGGCACUUUAAGCAUCGUUCAAUUUAAAGGUCUGAGAGUUGUAAAUACAAUUCCAGUGCUUUCAAUUUCUGAGUAGAGUUAUAAUUUUCUUACAUUAGCUCAUAUUCUUAUAAUGAACAAUAACACCUCUCUUCAGAACAGAUGUAUUAGAUAAUCUACCUAUUCUAAAUGUGUAUGUUAAUCGGUAGUUUUGGUGGGGCUAGGGGGUGCUGUUUUUUUGGCAUAGCAGUGGUAAGUCCCUCAUUCUUUAUGCCAGACUCUUCAUCCAGUGAGUUCUCUUGAUUUUCAAGUGGGCAGUCAUAAGCAUACUCAGUGUCACAAGUAGGGCAGAUGGGCAUUCACUGGUAUUGGUAUGCUGAGUAGCUAUACAUAUAUUUGCCUGUCACACUCCUAGUCUGUGGUAGACACCAGUUAUUUUCUGUUCAUUUCAAAAUGACAAAGGGUAAUAAUCAAGGAUUGUUAAUAACCACUUUUUUCUUCUUUUUAAUGGUGGUGUUUUGUUUUAGUAUUUUUAUUUCGGAAGCACCUUUAUAUUUUGGAGAGUGCCUUGCGUUUAGGUAUAUUUUAAUUUUUUUUAGUUUGUUUAAUAAAAUGUGUAUCUUUCUUUGUAGCUAAAAGAUGGAUGAAACAAAGGUCUCUCCAUUGAAGCACUUUGUUCAGGCGAAGAAAUCCAUAACGUCUAUCUUUGACCAGUUGGUACAAUAUGUCAGUGAGGGGGUGUUGUUCGUAGAAGGUAAGAUAUGCUUUUUUUUUUUAUAAUGCAUGAGUACAGCAAGCUCCCAGUCAAAAGAAAUAAUGUGGUUUCAGGUGAAAUUUAGUUUAUUUAAAUGCAUAUAGAAGGUAGUAUGCCAUCCAUCUGCAUAGAAUUCUAUAAAAUUUGUCUUUGGCUCAUAGAUGUGCAUAUCUGAUCCUAAAUUCUUCAAACACUUUAAAAGUCAGUAUAACUAUAUGUAAUGAGCAUUCUUUUUUUAAAUGUAUUAUUAUUAUUAUUAUUAUUAUUAUUACAGCAACAUUUAAAAACCCAGAGUUAAGAUAUGUAACAACAAAUGAAGAUCUUAAUAAGAUACAGAGUUUUCAGACAAGAUUGACGGGCAUUGGUGAAGUGCUGUCACGAAGACACAUGAAAGUUGCAUUCUUUGGCAGGUAAGCCCUUACAAUCCCAUACAACUCAAAAAUUCAGAAAGGGGUUAGGCAUAUAAUAUGAAAACCAAAUAUAGUGUCAAUUUUUUUUUUCCUUCUCCCUUUCCUUUGUGUUUCGAGUGUAGAGCUGUGUCUUUAAUGUAGUGUAUGCACAACAAACUGUAAUUGCUCCCAUUGUGAAUAAGAGCAGAAUAUGUUUGCACUUAUUCCAAUAGUACACCUAAAGCAAAUAAAGGAGUUUGACAAUGAGCUUGUAUGGCUUGGAUUUCACUCAUGUACAUGUUUGCAUUAUAAAACACUGUUAUAUCCUAUAGAAGAUAACUUUGCAAUUGUCCAAAGAGAGCAGAGACACAUGAAAGGGAUACAAUAAGUGCCAGGAAUACAAAGCUGUGUUCCUGGCAUUAUAGAAUGAGAAUUUAACAAAUUAGUUUUUCCCCCAACUUUGUCAAUCUUAAUUUCUCUUUCAUACAAAAUUUUAAGAGAGUUAUUUGUGGGACUUGCUGGUUUUGAAGGAAACUUGUAAGGUUUUGUCCCCUAGACGGUAGCUAUUAAGACUUGCAAUGGCCAUGGCAGGCUCUUCAUAGUUUGUCAUUGUCACAAAACCUUUGCACUUGUUGCUGUUAAAAUCAUGGAUAACCUUCACAUUAGUGACAGCUCCAAAAGGCCCAAACAUCUGCCAAAGGAUUCCUUCAUCUGCAUCCUGACCAAGGUUAUAUAUGAAGAUGCACCAUCCAGUUGAAGCACUUCUCGCAACAUUUACACCAGAUAUACUGCUCAUGUGAUCAACUCCUAUUGGGGAAAACCUGAAUCCUUGGGCCUGGUUCUGAACUGGUCCACCAAACCGCCGAUCAGGAGAGUCGCACAACUGGGAAAGGAGGGCCAUAUUUUUAUUCUGAUUAGGAUUGGUGGCAAAUUUCACUUUGAUGGGUUCUGAUGAACCUGGAGUUUUGUGGGCAUUGAAACUUGCUAUAGCUUCUUCUGCUUCAGAUCGCUUAUCAAACCGUAUAAAAGCAACUCCUCGUGAUAAACCUGUGGCCUGAUCAACAAGGACACAUAAAUUGAUAAUACGUCCAAAUCCUGAAAACAUACCUUCCGCAUCCUUUUGUGUCAUUUUCCUUGGGAGUCCACUGAUAUACAAGUUUGCAUCCUUUGUUUUCUGAACUUGGAUGAGCAAUUGGUACCAUUAUAGUUUUUGAUUACAGUCUCAGUCCAUUUAGUGUGUUUAUUGCUCUUUCAGCAUCUUUUACAUUUAGAUAAUUUACAAAACCAUAUCCUAAGCUGUCUCCUAUCUGCUUACCUGCAACUUUAUCACGUAUAAGUUUUGCAGAUUUAACCUUCCCAAUACUACUGAAGAGGCUGCGUAACUCAUCCUGUGUCAUGUUUUGAAGAAAAUAAUUCACAAUCAAAAUGGUUCUGCCAAUGUUAUCCCUGCACACAUCUUCCAUGUGAUCUUCAUAACUGGUGGACAUGUUUUAUUAUUUUAAUAUCCUGGGAGCUUCCCGCUUUGGUCAGAAGGAUGAGCGGCUCUAUAUGUGGCCUGGUUUGGACGUUCCCAGCACAGAGCUUUGUUUGUGUUUUUACUCUGCUUUACUGUUGCUCUUCGAUAAAUGUCAUAUUUUUCUCUUUCAGAACAAGCAGUGGGAAGAGCACAGUAAUUAACUCAAUGCUUUGGGACAAAGUACUACCAAGUGGAAUUGGUCACACAACAAACUGCUUCCUCAGUGUGGAGGGCACUGAUGGAGACAAAGCAUAUCUGAUGACUGAAGGCUCAGAGGAACAGAGGAGUGUCAAGGUAUAUGUCUAGACCAGUGCGCACUGACGUUUUGUAUAUACAAAGCUCAGCCUAUUUGUUACAUCCAUCCCUAGACCAAUUUAAAUUCAUUAUCUUUUAAUUAAAUUGCAUGUCUGGGUCAUUGUACAUGUUGGUUUAGGUUAAAGAACACUCAUCCUAAAACUGUAUUGUACCACUUUAAAGAGGGUGAAAUUAUGGCACGCACGUUUUCUGUAUUGCAGCUUAUCUAUUUUGGUUCUUUGACAUAAAACAUUAGUGUUACUUUUUUAUAAUUCUUGCAAUCCACUGGAAAAGAGAGCUGUGACUGUGAGAGCUGCAUCCACUCACAUCCAAAAUGAUGUUAUUAUAUUUAUGUUGAAUUAACUGAGAACACUACAGAUUUUGGAACAGGCCAUUGCAUUCCCACCUCCAGAUUCAUUAAAGGACCACUCUAGGCACCCAGACCACUUCAGCUUAAUGAAGUGGUCUGGGUGCCAGGUCCAGCUAGGGUUAACCCAUUUUUUUUAUAAACAUAGCAGUUUCAGAGAAACUGCUAUGUUUAUAAAUGGGUUAAUCUUUCCCCUCUAGUGGCUGUCUCAUUGACAGCAGCGCUGUGCGUUUCUCACUGUGAUUUUCACAGUGAGAGCACGCAGCGUCCAUAGGAAAGCAUUGUAAAUGCUUUCUGCGCACGGGCUGAAUGCGCUGCGCAGCUUGCCGCUGCGUGCGCAUUCAGCCCAGGAGGAGGAACGGAGGAGGAGAGGAAGCAGAGAGCUCCCCGCCCAGCGCUGGAAAAAGGUAAGUUUAACCCCUUUCCUCCUUCCAGAGCCGGGCGGGAGGGGGUCCCUGAGGGUGGGGGCACCCUCAGGGCCCUAUAGUGCCAGGAAAACGAGUAUGUUUUCCUGGCACUAUAGUGGUCCUUUAAGGACAGGUGUGUGUGUGUGUGUGUGUGUGUGUGUGUGUAUAUAUAUAUCAUGCACAUUUUAGACUUCUGUAUCACAUUCCUGUCUGUGUCUCCUAAUUGCCAACACCUUGUGAAUCUGCAAUUGGUAUCAGAACUCUUUGGAUCAUGAUUUGGAUAGUUGUUUUUCAAUAAAAACAGACCUUCUCUAAGACAAAUUGCAAUAAACCGCAACUUGUCACAAAUGUAAAAGAUGAUCCUUGUUCUGUUCAGGAAAAGGUGUAACUACAGCUUCCAUUUUGGCAUUCAUAAAUAAGUUGGUAUGUUGGCUUACCUAAAGUUAAUUUAAAAAUAUUUUUAAAAAAAAUUAAUUUUUUUUUUUUUUUUUUCCAGACUGUUAAUCAGCUAGCUCAUGCCUUGCAUAUGGACAAGGAUUUGGAAGCUGGCUGCCUCGUACAUGUCUUCUGGCCAAAGGCAAAGUGCGCUCUCCUCCGAGAUGACCUGGUUCUUGUGGACAGGUAUAUAACCUGCCUGAUAUGGGUUUGCUGUCUUAAUGUCUGUAUAUAAUUUAACCCGUUUUAUGCUGAUAGUUUGUACACGGCCCUAGCUCAGAGUAUGCCCUAUAUUGCUGAGAAAUGUGUGCAGUGCAUUCUCUGGUGCUGCACUGUUUAUUCACCUGUGUAAUGGGAUAAUAUCUUGUGGUUACAGACUGUACUCCUACCUUUUCAAUAUGACAGUAACAAAACAUACUGUUACUUGCAAUGGGCAGCCAUUGGAAGGCUGAAAUUAUUAGAUGACACUCUGUCGAUCCCCGGCGCCUCAGCUAAUCCUUCCUUAUCAGUAUGGCAAAUGCAAGGAGCAGGUAGUGUGGACUGGCACCUGGGGGAACAACUUAUGGGUUAAACUUUUGCAAAAUGGCUUCAUACCGUAAGGCAAGAGGGUUUCCAAGGACUUCAGCCUAUAUUACAACUUUACUAAGAAAAGGUUAUUUUGGGGACUGAGUUUCCCUUUGAAUCUGCAAAAUGAAUUGAUUUAUUCUUGGUAUUGUAGUAAGUCUUUAUAGUCGGAAGAGGAAAAUCCCAAUCAUUUCCUUAUAGCAGUGUUUCCCAAUUGGACACAAAUGGGGUUUCUGCCAAAAUGUCUGAAAACAAAAUGGCUGCGGUUUGCGAGGGAGGAGUGGGCAAUGAUCUCCCUGCUCAGCUCCAUCACGCGCACAGCAGUGAUGCCUGGGCCGGAAUAUGAUGUCACUCCGGCAACAUGAAGAGGCGCACAAGGGAGCUGAGCAGGGAGAUCACUUCUUCCUUGCUGCCAGCCGCUCUGCAACCCCACUGGACCCAAGGGACCGCACGCUCAGCUCAGCAGCCCCACUGAACCACAGGGACAUAGACUCCAUGCCAGCACUACCAAUGGUAGGGAGGCUGGGUGGACUAAAAUUUAAAAAAUAUAUAUAAUUGUAUAUGUGUUUGUGUGUUUGUCAAUGAGAGUGUAUGUGUGUCACUGUGUGUAUCUGUGUCAAGGUUUGUGUAUGUGUCACUGUGUAUCUGAGUGUGUGUGUGUGUGUGUGUGUAACUGUGUCAGACACACACACACACACAUAUAUACAUACACACAUACACACACAGAUACACACUGUGUGUGUGUGUUGCUUUACUAUGUCAAAGGGUUCCACAGGAAAAUUAAUUGGGAAUCCCUGCCUUAUAGGUUGCAGAGUCUUAGAAGUAUUUUUGGGGUUUAUUGAUUAGGGAAAUUCCACCUGCAUAUUUGAUUCUCGUAAAGUAUAUCCUAAAAUAAGCAAAACUCAGUGGUGUAAAAUAAUAUUAUUGUAUAAGCCACUUGUUUCCAUGAAAUUACAUUUUAUUUUAUGCAGUCCUGGAACAGACGUUACUACAGAGCUGGAUAGCUGGAUUGAUAAAUUCUGUCUGGAUGCUGAUGUUUUUGUACUCGUAGCAAAUUCAGAGUCUACACUGAUGAACACGGUGAGCAUCUUGUAUGUAACGUUUUAUUUAGCUUGCUUUCGAUUAUACUUUUUUCAGCAGUGCCAUUGUGUGUGUGUGUGUGUAUAUAUAGUAACAUAGCAAUGUAAGUUUAAAGUAUAAAAAAAAAAUCAGGCCUUUUAAAUUCAAUCUUCCACGCUUCUUUUUCUGUGGCCUAACUGAAAAGAUGUGAAAAAACACAGUGAUCAGAUAUCUAGGAUUUCAAUAUUCUAUUUAAUUGUCCCCCUAUAUUUGCCAAAGUAUGUUUUUCUACUUUUCUGUCAGAACAAAUGAUGGAAAUAUGCAAAAUCAGUUGCAUUGGUGUAAAUAUGGCACAUAUUAAAAUAAAAAAACUUGAGUGUUAGGGUGUAAAAAGGGAUAAAGUGUAUGUCUGUCUGUCUGACUGCCACGCGUAGAAGUCUCAUCCACUUGGAGCUCCGGGUGUAUAGGCAAUGUUCGUCAUAUAUUUAGCACUGGGUGUCUUAACUAACCUCUCCCAGGUGCUCUCGUGGGAGCAGAAUUAGAGUAUCGUGGAAUCUCCCGACACAACCAUAUUGGCUGGCCUCGCAAAUCCUCCCUUCCCCGCAAGCCUCCACCCCCCGGACCUGUUGGGGUCAUCCCGGUCACCACUAGACAGAACAGGUCUGCUUUAUCCUGGUAGAACGAUGGCAGCACUACUCCAUGAGCCAAAAGUUGGACUUCACAAAAUGACUGACUCAUGCAAGCAGCAUGGUUGGAAUCUGGAGCCCCGCUGCCCUGACUCAGCGACCCUAAUCUCACAGAUGCUGGCAUGAUUUGAUGUUAUAUGCCAGCUUUUUUGUGCUAAACUUGACCAUCGCUCCAACCUACUGCAGCCAAUCCAUGUUACUGCGAACGACCGGGGGAGCACAGAGCUGGAAGGCACCGGAGGCCAUACCUGAAUGUCCUUAACUCUGAUCUCCCCACCAAGCUGCACCAAGGCAAAGACUCUGUUGGAGCAUCCCACCACCACGGCACCCUCGCAGACAGAGGGCCCCUCCACAUGGGAGAAGUCGUCCUAAUAGACCGACCGCAAGAUCCGAACAUGAAGGCACCAACAGACAGGUCUGUGGUGCUGGGAACCCUUGGGCUCAAGAAACUGCCAAGUCCGAUCUGGAACACGCAUGGUUCACGAGGAGCAUUUUGCUGAUGCAGUAACAAGUAUUCAGAGGACACAACAAUAUCUCAGACUGCAAAUCCACCUGUGAUUUCUAAGGGAAUGUGCAAAUAAAAUCAAAUACAAAAGCUUAACUUAUAAGUACAUAGCUUCCCAAGAUUAUCUCCCAGAUGAUAACCAUACAGCAUAGAUAUAUUAAAGGUAGGUAGUUUAGGGAUUCUGCUACUGUACCUAGAAUAAAGGAUAAAACCGUGCAAUAUUGUCUGAAAAUAAUCAACAAUCUGGUGUUAUGUUGCACUCGCAAGUUUCAGAUUGUCAGAGGGUUUUAUUGGUGCCACCCUCUAUGUAAUUAAGGGGUUUUCUCUUUUAGUGAUAUCUGUCGGACACCUGGGCCGGUAUGGUGGUUCAGAAAUCUCCAGCCAAAAGGAUAAUCCAGAAUGGGUAUUUAUUCACAUAUGGGGUUAAAAAAAUAGUAAUGAGAAAAUAAGGGUUUUGCUGCACUCACCUACACAUGCUAAAUUAGGGUGCUGCUGGGGGUAUUAGGUGUUUUUAAUAAAACUGAAAAUUGUUCAGCAUUAAAAUGACUGUUUAGUAGAUAAGAGAGUGCGCUGGAUUUUCAUUUUUACUGUAAAAAGAAUAGUAACACAUAAACAACAAUUUAUAUAAAAAGGUACACCGGUCCUACGUGUUUCGUUCUUACAAAGAAGUUCCUCAGGGACCAACCUGCAUAAAAAAGUGAUAAUAAACAAAACCCAAAAGGCAAUCUAAAACACCAUUCCCUCAAAGUUUAUUGGUGGAAUAAUGGGUGUCUUCCCUCACUUGGCUCCCCAUUCGUUGAUGGAUCUUCUCCACAUGUGCUCGUCUUUAACGCUGAUGAAAAGAUUCUUUCGUAGUAUACCGUAAUUACUUCCAUGUUCUGUGACGUAUUUCAAUUGCGUUCCGUUUUGCACUGAUCCAUCAUGGCCUUGUGUUUCACGAUGUGGGAAGAUGUACAAAACGUCCUAGUCUCCCCCUAAUGGUCGCCGGAGGGAACAACCCCAAAACCUUCUAAACGAGAGGACUGUUAAACACACGUUUUGUAUAGCAAAAAUUUUUUAUCCUUCGUUUCAAUUAACAAUAAUUAAAAUGAACCAAAAUAAAAUGAAAAAAACGACAUCCUUCUAUAGCACCACAAUGUGUUUAAACUCCAGAUCUUCGUGCAUAGAGUUUAUUUAUUCAAUAAAAAAAUUUUUAACAAUGUAAUUGUAUAUCAAAUGUGUAUAAAUAUGUUUGCUUUCAUAACUUUUUAUACAAAAUGAAUGGUGCUUUGCAGACAUCUUUUGGUAUGGCCUACGUAUUGACUGCCGCAAGAACACUAGUAGAUAUAUCACAUAGUCCGAGCGACAGUCAAUUCGUGUUUUAAUGGAGAAGGGUUGACCAGUUACAAAAUUAACAGAUGUGAUCUUGUUAGUAUUCACCGAAGAACACUCCUUACAUUGAUUGCAUCCCCUAAAACUUUUUUAAUUUCUGUCUGAGUUUUCAAACGUCAUUUUAUGGCAUAACUUGGUGUUGACAUAUUUUAAAGAUAUUUUUAUUUUUCAUAUAUACAAUAGUUUGGGGGUAGAUGACUUCCUAAAAAUUGGAUCUUCCAAGAGUAUUGGCCAAUAUUUACAUAAACCUUUCUUAAUCUUAUGAUGAUCAAUAUUAUAUUGAGUGACGAAAGCUUGUGUGAAACCUGUCCUACCUUUCUUUGUGCUUGGCUUAUCCAUCAGUAGUUCACUUCUAUUUGUUCUUAGAAAUCACAGGUGGAUUUGCAGCCUCUGGGAUAUUGUUGUGUUCCCAGUGCAUUACACAUACCUAUAUUGUGCUUAAUUUAACAACAUGGCAGACAGCAGUAGUUACCUGCAAAGAAUACAGAAAGCUAGAUUACAAAAGUUUUCAUGUAAGUAGAUGUAAAAGUGUAGGCAGCACUUUGAUAAAACUACUCCAAUGUUUCUGUUGUCCUCAUUUCCAGUGCUUUCCCUGACUGUGCAUCGGCUGAACUGUCUUGUCUGACAUGUUGUUAUAGAUGGUUAAAUGCUGCAAAUAUUAUAGCUCAUACCUUUUUAAGUUCCUCUGGUUUGACAGAAUAGUUAGAGAAAAUUAUAUUUAUUUAAUAUUGCUAACAUUUCUUAAUUUUCUUAUUUUCUUCCCUUUUCAAUUAGGAGAAACAUUUUUUUCACAAAGUCAGUGAGCGAUUGUCUAAACCAAACAUUUUUAUCCUGAAUAAUCGAUGGGACGCAUCUGCAUCUGAACCAGAAUACAUGGAAGAUGUAAGUCUGGAUUUACAGUGAAAUUCUCUAAUUUCUUUAAUUUUAAGUUUUAAAACAUUUAAUGAGCCCUUGGAUUGAACAUGUCAAAUUUACACCUCUGACAACAAAUAAGUGACACUAUAUAAGUGUGAGGUAUUACAUCUUGUAUUUAUAAGAUCUAGUAAUUACUUCUUUUUUUUUUUUCCUUCUAUUAAUUGUAUUAAAAAAAAAAUGAGAGAACUAACCUGCAUAACCCACAUCUAUAGAUAAUAAAAUCAAAACAAUGAAACAGACUGAAGGAGGGACGCGUAUAUACACCAACAGUGCUGCUAAGUGGUCUGGCUUUUUUGCAACUAGACUUUUACUCUUCUGCUUACUCUACAGCCAUUUGAAAUAGGUUUUUUUGCACCACACGUGAACUUGUGAUGACUCCUAAGUAUCCACUCCCACCAAUUUAGCUUAUUGUAGUGCUUAUGGUCCACAGAGUCUAGGUCCCCCCCCCUAUUCUUGAGCAUUUUGACAUAAACUGUGUGUCAACCAGUUCUCUAAGCCUGUCCCAUCUCUAAAGGCUAUUUUAUUUGUGUGGCCAGGUCCGUAAACAACACACAGAGCGAUGUCAGUCAUUUCUUGUGGAUGAGCUGAAAGUUGUAGAUUUGUCAGAGGCACAAAACCGCAUCUUUUUUAUUUCUGCCAAAGAAGUUCUAAAUGCCAGGAUGAACAAAGCACAAGGAAAGCCAGAGACAGGUGGGUACAGAGAAUGCUCAUGGUUCAAUGUUGGUCCCAAAAAUGGUGGUAAAGUUAUCUAAAAAAUAAUAUAUAUAAUUUAUUUUAUAGCUGGGAUUUUUGCUGAAGGAUUUGACACCAGAUUCUUGGAAUUUCAGAAAUUUGAAAAGCUAUUUGAGGUACCAGACAUCUUGAUAUUAUAGUUGCAAAUUGUUAUUUUUAUGUUGCAUUUUAAAUUGUAAUUUAUAAAUGCAAUCAUUUUCUGUUUUUCUCUUAUUUUACCUUUUAUGUUUAAAAACUGAUAUUCUAGUAGUUCAGUACAGUGUAAAUGCCAAGAGGUAUUUCACCAAAUUGUGAGCUUUCGUAAGCUGGCAAAUGACUUGCAAAUAUUUGCCAAAAUAGGUUAGAAGGAAUUACAGCUCAGUAGAUCUGGAAGAUUUUUCCUCACUGCCAUAGUUUGCUGAUCUCAGAACGUUUGCUUAGUGAGUAUGCCCCAUUGCAAAAUAUUAGAGCUAAACUUUUAUUCGAAAAAUCCUUCUGCCAGACACACUGCAAUUGUAAGUGACCAUGACUGUCCUUGUAAGUGACCAUGACUGUCUUCAAAGAAUUCUGCUGCAUGCCUGUAGAUUAUUGAACCCUUAAUUAAUGUAAAAAAUAUAAUAAAAAAAUUAUCAGUUACAUUUCCAUUGCACACUGACAGUGUUUGUUAAAUGCCGACUUUACUAAACGCCAUCAUAAGCCUUGUCUUCAAUGGCAUUUUAAAGCUUUGAUCAGCAAACUGACCAAAUGCUGCUCCAUUGGAGACUGCACAUUGGGUUAUUCACAAAACUCCAUAUUGUUGGGAAUUAAUUAUUAAACCAAAUGUGAAGAGUGCUGAUCAUUUGGUGGUAAUAAUUAAGCGAUCCGGUUUUAUCUGGAGAUAUGUCCCUCUCUCCAUCAAUACUACUAAUUUACUGUCCCAUCUUUGUAAUAAAAAAGCAGCUUGCCUCGCACUUAAUAUUGUGGUCACGUAACAAUACAAAUAGGAAAUAAUUUGGGGAAGGGGGCUUAUGAAUAUUCCAGUGCAUAGAGCUUGCUAUCUCAUUAUUGAAAGUUUUCCAAAAUUACUGAUUUACUUUUGUCCUCAUAUCAUUCCUCAUAAGACAACAGUUCACAUUGUUUGAACACAAUUUAGUGAUAUGUAAAAUGUAGACUGGCUUUGGUCUUGAGGACUGCCAUGAGUCCAGAAAUGUGCAUGUAGGAUGUUUCUCAUGUAUGUACCAAUAACAUAGCUGUGUUCUUGAUUAACAUGUGUAUCUCCUUUGUGUUUCCUACUGCUUUAGUUACUAAUCUGCUUUCUGCUUCAGCCCUGAGUGUCCUUUUUCCUUCCUAAUUAAACUCUAAUAGUGUGUGGUUUUCGUUUCGGACUCUUGCUAGUCAUUGCUGACCUCUAGAUUCAUUUCUUUGGGGAACAAUAACUUUUUUUUUUUAUUUUUCUGUUUUUCCUCCUCAACAUUUUAAUUCAUAACUUGAACUAUCUGAAAACCUAAUUAUUUCUUUUAUUUUCAUUUUAUGUUUGUCCCCCUCAUUAUUGAUUUUGUGUGUGCUGGAAGCCUGUGUGGAUUCUUGUAUUUAUUUGUAAAUAUUAUUUACUACCAAUAUUGGGUGUAGUCAGUUCUGGAAUCAGAAUGGCAAUGUGUAAUGCUGUUAGAACAGCAGCAGUUUGUAAAAAUCAGAGGGUUGGUCAGGCAGCCACAAUGCGAAGUCCCAGCAGCCUGUUGUCACUUUUGUUCAAGUGUCUCAUAAACACAACUUGGAUUAAGCUCUCUCCUCCCAAGAGAAGUGGUCUGUGUGUAACGUAGUAGUGGUCAGAUUAUGGCUGCUGUCAAUUUAAAGAGUAGUAAUAGUCAUCCUAUAUGUUGAGUGGAACUCCUCCUGGGGAUAAAUUAUUAUGGACAGGAAUAGGGGUCUUUUGCUUAGAAGGGGAUCUUCUUUUAGCUGCAAGCAAACCUGUACAACUAUACUUCUGAAGUGAGCUUUAAAGGAUCACUAUAGGGGCAGGAACACAAACGUGUAUUCUUGACCCUAUAGUGUUAAAACCAACAUCUAGCCCCCCCCACACCCCCCAAAUCAAUUACAAUAUUACUUACACAUCACUUCAUUUGGCAGCAGUCAAUAGGGAGUAUUCCAUUUUCCUCAAAAGUGGAAGUGACAUCCUCAUUAAUGUUGUUACCUUCCUAAACCAAAAUAUUUAUUUAAUGUAUGCUCCAAAAAGUUAUAGAAUCCCUCAAGUAUGAGAACAAAAGAAAACUGUAAAGCCGCUAGAAACCACCAAUAUAUGAAAUGAUGUUGUGGUAAAAUCGCUAAAUAGUCUAACUAGAGAUUGUAUAGAUCCCUUUCAGGUUACAUCACUUGUCAUCACUGGUCUGGUCUCACCCUCUCCUGGAUUUGGAUUACAUACCAAAAAUGCAGGACAUUCCAUUCCGUCCUUAUGGUGUUAAAGCCCUUAUAGAGGGAUGGCAUGGAACAUCCUAAUGUCGGGAAGAGGUUAAACUAAAAGAUUAGACUUGGAUAUGUUAAUGUGAUAUUUGCCCAUCUAGUUAUAUUAAACUGGGAUACCUUGUUAUCCACAAUUAUUUUAUAAGUAAUGGGAUUUGUCAACUCACAUUUGGUUUACACUAAUCAGUUUAGGCUCAAAUUAUUAACUGGGCUUAUCAUUGUAAGAUAUGAAUGUUUCACAAUGGCCACUUCAUUAUUGUGUUAUUGUUUUAGAACUCUUUGACUCCUACUACUUUAAAUAAAAUGCUCAUGUUCAUUUUGCUAUAAAUCCUUUACUUUAUUUGAGUAUGAUAUAGAGAAAAUGCAGUAUUAAUGUAAAAUGCCGCAGAAGGUAUUAUAUAAGGGCACAGGGCCAGACCAGGGAGCACGUGCUUAGCACCUCCAUUGGGUGCAGAGUGCUCUAAGCACUCCCUCGUAGUCCUGUGUUUACUGCGGUGUGCCAGACUGUGAUGGAGCGAUUACCGUGGUUUGCACUCAGUGGCGGUGCAAACCACAGGCUCCUACAAAAGGGUAGACCGGUUUAAACUCUGCACAUACAGACUCGCGGCAUCAUGGCCACUUCUUAUCAGUGAAGUUGUCAUGGUGCUUGAAGUAACCCUUUGAGUGAAUAAAUCCGUUUCAGUUAACUAUUCUGCAAGUUCUUGUCAGACAUUAACCAUGAAACAUGCAGCGUGUAUUUACUGGUGGUUAUACAACCUACACAGGCUGAACUUCUUUUGAUCAAAUCUGCACAUUACUGCUGUAGAGUGUGGCACAGAUCUGCUGCUACAUUGUGCCAUAUACCAUAUUUUGUUUGGUCAUGCCUUUUCCCCUUUUGAGUUGUGAGUGCCAAUGGUAGCAGCAGCACAUAUUUUUCUUCCUUGGGUGCUAGUUACCUCUUAUAUUCCUGACUAUGUUUCAAUGGAAUCACAGUAAUGUGUUGUGACUUGGGCUUCACAGGAAUGUAUCUCGCAGUCAGCAGUGAAAACAAAGUUUGAGCAGCACACUAUCAGAGCUAAACAAAUAACAGAUACCGUGAAAGCUAUAAUGGAUUCUAUUAACGUGAGGUCAGCUGACAAAAGGUAGGACCAUGCAAUUUUUUAAGUAUUUGUCCUUUAAGCUUUGGUAGCACAGAUAUAUAUGUAUCUUUUUAUGUAAUGACCCUGCUAUCAAUGUUUGACCCCAUUGAUCUGAAUGUUUUAUAUGUUUCUGCAUCUUGCAGAAUGUGUUAAAAGAUUUGCUUUUUCCAACAGACUGCAAACUUUGAAGCCAUCCCCAAAUUUAAACACUUUCUGCAGUACGCAUAAGGUGGUUUCUCUGUAAUGAGCAAUUCAGUGCUAAGAUCUAUAUUUGGAUUAAUCCUCCAAAACACUGGUUGCUCAACUUUGUUCUUAUUAAUAAUCUCCACCAAUUCGUCUAUCCACACAUUAUUUUUAUUUUGUCGUUCUAUAGACAUACAGGGUCUUUAGCUAAAGUGAAUUUCAAAUUUAAGGCCAGAGCAGCCAAACUAAAAGAAUAGUUGACUUUUUGACCUAUUUUGACCUUAAAUUUGAAAUCCACUUUGAAUUCUCACUUUAGUGAAGAUGCUUGAUACUGGCAGUUUGCUUUCAUUGUUCUCAAAGCUGGCACUGAUCUCUGAUUUUUCUUUUUCUUUCCUUUAUUUUUGCUUUCAGAAUUCAUUCCAUAGAAGACCGAGAGUACCAGAUAGACAGGUUGGAGUUUGUGCAGGGUCAAAUGGCAAUACAAGCUGAGGAUAUCAAGAGACGCAUAUUGCAUAUUGCAGAGGAAGUCAAUGCACAGGUGCAAAAAUUGAAUUAUUUUACAAUGCUGCUAUGAUUUGUGUGUUUUUUUUUUUUUAAUUUUUAUCAUUGUUACGCCAGUUCAUGGGAUUGGACUGUAGUCCCCAAAUGAGAAAAAUCAUGUGACCUAAAAUCUAACAUUGGGCCCCCUUAACUAUGCUGUGUGUUAUUGAGUUAAAAUAGCCACCGAGCAGCUAUGAUUAUAAAAUAGCCCCUUGUUUUUUUUCUCUUUGUUGAAAUCACUACUGUGCGUUAGAAUGCAGUUCUUUUGAUGGGACACUCCACAGUGGACAGUUGCAUUUUUUUAUUUUUUUUGUCUUCCCAUAAUCUAAAUAAUAUAUGAACACAGAUAUCGUUGUGUAAUAAGCUAAAUAAUAAAAAUGAAUGCAAGCGAAGGGUAAAUGCAUAAAAAAAAAUAAAAAAAUGUAACACUUGUAAAAAUGUGUAAUGUAUUUUUGUAUUCUAUGUUAUUGGAGUGUUGUUCAAAUGCUAGUAUGGUCGCCCUACUUGGAGCAGAUUGCACGUAACAAUAGUACAAAUAUUUAUCUUGUGUAAUAUCCAUGUAUUCGUGCAGGUUUCUACUGCCAUGAAGGAGGAGAUCUGUCACCUUUCUCUUCUGGUUGACAAGUUCAGUGAAGACUUCCACCCAUCUCCACAAGUUCUAAAGCACUAUAAAAACGUAAGCUCAAAUCUUAUCCUUCUGCUAGUAAUAAUAUACACAUCCUGAAAAUAAUUAAAUAAAAAUUAAGUCUUUUAAAAAUUGCAGCUGCAUGAUAGAAACCCACAUAAUAAUUACUGAUCAGAGUUAUUUAAAGUAAAACAUUCCUGUUUCUUUUCUCUCCUCAUAAAAGACAUUAUUUCUCAGACAAACUGACAAAACAAUAAAUCUUGCAUCUAUCCCUAGGGACCUCAACUUGCCAACACUCUUGAACUGUGGGCAGUAAUAUCAUUAGAUUGUUAUUUAUCUGCUAUAGAAUAAGCAUGUAUAGUCAUAGGCUUAUGCCAGUAAUUACUGACGUCUUUUAUCCAGUUGAAUAAACAAGAAAUCUGUCUUGUAUGUAGCCUUGGUAAAGUCCAGGCUCUUAAUGAGAGCCAACCACAUCACAAUUUUGUAGAUGUUGGGCAAACAGAAGGAAUAUAGUUUUGUUAAUCUCACUCCCGCUAUGCUGAAGGGGUUAAAACCCCUUCAGCCACUUACCUUUCUCCAGCGCCGGCAUCCCUCGGCGCUGGGGAACUAUCCUCCUCCUGCCGACGUCAGAUCCGAAUGCGCGGCAAUAGCCGCGCACGUGCAUUCAAACCGCCCAUAGGAAAGCAUUACUCAUUGCUUUCCUAUGGACGUCAGCAUCUUCUCACUGUGAUUUUUCACAGUGAGAAUAGCGGAAGCGCCUCUAGCGGCUGUCAGUGAGAUAGCCACUAGAGGCUGGAUUAACCCUAGUGUAAACACAGCAGUUUCUCUGAAACUGGUAUGUUUACAGCUGCAGGGUUAACACUAGAGGGACCUGGCACCCAGACCACUUCAUUGAGCUGAAGUGGUGUGGGUGCCUAUAGUGGUCCUUUAAGCAUUUUAGGGGUAUCCCCCAUUCUCAAUGGUUUUUUUAAAUCUUUUAACGAAGGCUCUGCCCUGUGUUCAUUUUUAUUGUAUGUAGUUCCUAUGUAGUCGUGUUUUUCAUAGAUAAUAAGCAUUUUUCUAUUGGAAAGCUCACACUUGCGGUGUGGUAGGUAUUUCAAAAUGAAUAUGUACAAAAUAUGCAAAACUUGGGGGGCGUGGCCUGACGCCGGAGCUGAACGGUCGCAUGUAGGAGCAGCUCCCGGCGCAGAUUCCAAAACGAGCACACAACAACCGGAAUAAUAAGCGGCACAUACCCGGGUCACCUGGGGAAGGCACACAACAUGUCCCAGCGCCCAAAAAACAAACUUGGGAAGGCAGAGCGUGCCUCCUUUUUCGGCACGAAACUCGCGGCAUCCAAGCAGCGCGAGGGAGCGGAGACUGCGCAAGAUGGCGGCGACUUCGGACCGCGGGAAAACUCCCCCUCACCCAAAUCAUCCCCCACACGGCAGACAGAAGACCAGCCACCUACGAUGGGAGGUAUCCGUGCCCUAAUGUCUGAAUUUUCAGAUAAUAUACAGAAAAGCAUACAGCAAAUUCAGGCUCUAACUGCUGAUUUACAGAGAGACAUACAUGAAAUAGGAAACCGCACAGCUCAAGUGGAGUCCAAAAUGGACGAACAUGCAGAAGCACAUAACCGCUUAGCAGACAAAGUCCAGGAAUUGGACGACAUUCUGGAAGUACACAGGCUAAAGCUAGCUGACAUGGAGGAUAGGGCAAGGCGGAACAAUCUGCGGUUCAGAGGAAUCCCAGAAACAAUUACAAACGCCAAGCUCCAACAUUAUCUCUCAAAACUGCUCCAGAGCCUAGUACCAGAAAUACACCCGGAUCAACUAUUAAUCGACAGGGUGCACAGGCUGCGCAGACCGAAACACCUGCCGCAAACUGCAGAGAGAGAUGUAAUCGCUAGAAUACACUUCUUCCACGCUAAAGAUAAGAUCAUGCGGGCUAGCAGAAACCCAGGUAUGCCGAACGAAUACAACUCCAUCAAAAUCGUCGCGGAUUUAUCAGCGGACACUCUCCAAUUCAGGAAAUCAAUGGCGCCGAUCACCUCCACCCUGCGGGAGCAUGACCUGAAUUACAGAUGGGGAUUCCCUGCCAAACUUCUGAUCUCCCACCAAGGGGCCAUACACGCCAUCACGACCCUGAAGCAAGGCGUCCAGAAACUAAGAGAUUGGGGGCUUCCCCAACCGGCGACAGAACCAACUAAAACAAAAGUGCCCAAGAUGUCACUGGAAUGGACUGUCAAACGAAAGACUGCCCUUCCCCUGGAACACGCGUAACUAUUCCAUAACCACUGUGCAAGUUAAAAUGCUAGAACUUUCAAGUUACAGGGCUAUAGCUUAAUGCUUACUUAGCCAAAAUGUAUUUGUUAAUUAUUGUUAUACUUCAACCUACCUGACCUGCAACAAGCAGCAGUACUUGCUGGUUAGAAUGCGGCGCUGCCCAAUAAGCUUUUCUACUAUUCCCCCACGGGGGCGCAGGCAAGAUAACGGCACAUACUAGCCAUGACGCCAUCCUAUAGCGAGGCUGUGUUUAGAAGUUUAUUGAGACUAUCCCACUGUGAAGGCACAUUUUAAAACAUUGAUGUCACCUUAUAGCGAGGCUGUGUUUAGAAAAUUAUUAAGAUCAGUUUAAUGUUGUUCAUGACAUGUUAGUUUUGCAAUUUGAUGUUCAAAUGCUCUUUUGGUUUCAGGUGGAGGCUUACUAUGUGUAAAAACCUUAUCACCACUACCCCCACUAGACAGGCCUAUCUAUUAGGCGAGUCUCGAGGCUCCACUCCUCGGAGCCAAAUUGGGUGUGUCACCCACCAGUUUUUCCAGUUUUACCCCACCCACUUCCACCCUACCCAUUCUCUCCCCCAGUCACGAACACAAAGUAUGGCACAGCAGAACCGCCGCAGGCUUACCAAACUGACAUACUGCAAUGACCCAGCAGCACCAGUAGUAACCAAGCUCACGCUCCAUAGCAUCCCCUCCCUAUAUAUACAACCAUGGUUAAACUAAUAACGUAUAAUGUAAAAGGAUUGAACUCCCCGGGUAAACGCAGGCUACUACUGCAAGAUCUGAAAAACGAGGACAUAGACAUCGCGUGUAUCCAGGAAACACACUUCACCAACACCCGUACCCCUGCACUCUACACAAAAAUUUAUCCAACACAAUACCACGCUACUUCUGAUAAAAAGACGAAGGGAGUCUCUAUUCUCAUACAUAAAUCCAUAGCAUUUCAAGAAAAAGCAGUCUCUAUAGACCCCCAGGGAAGAUAUGUAAUACUAGUGGGUCUCUUCAAUAAUGUCCAAUAUACAUUGGCCUCUGUAUAUUUCCCCAACACUGGCUCAGAACAAUUCCUCAGACUCAUCCUCAAAGAGAUAGAUAAGGUGAGACAGGGGGGAUUGUUGAUGUGCGGGGAUUUUAACUUUAUAAUAUCCCCGGACUUAGACUCCACAGCACUCCCAAGAGGCACCAGACGAGCAAAUAUAGUAUCCACAGGCAAAAAACUGUCUAGACUGCUCACAUUACAUAACCUGUAUGAUAGCUGGAGAAUACUCCACCCAAGAGAACGGGAUUACUCCUUCCACUCCAAAGUACAUAGCACCUACACCCGCAUAGACACCUACUACGUAGACCAAUCUACAUUACCACAAGUAGCCAAAUGUACAAUGGGAGACAUUACGUGGUCUGACCACGGCCCGGUGUCCCUGGAUCUAUAUGAUAAAUAUCAGUUCAAAGGUAGAGGGAACUGGAGACUAAACGAGUCCCUACUACAAGACAGUAACUUCGUGGAACAAAUAAAGAAUGACCUUAACAAUUACUUUCAGACAAACUCAGGUGGGGAAACAUCAGCCUCGACCAUCUGGUCGGCCCAUAAGGUCGUUGUUCGCGGUUUAUUUAUUAGACAAUCCUCAUAUCUUAAAAAGCAUAGACAAGCGACCUUAAUGGAAUACCAACGGCAAUUAACACAAUUAACUACCCAAAAUAAGGGUGCCCCUUCUCGAGCCCUAGCACUACAAAUCCAAAAUCUGCUAGAUAAAAUCACCGAAUUACGAGCGGUCAAAACCUCAUACAUGUUACACAAGCUCAAAGCGACCCACUACCACCAUAGCGGGAAAGCCACCAAACUCCUAGCUAACAGGCUGAGAGCAAAGCUGGCAGCCACCAAAAUAGCGCAUAUUCAAGACCCAGAAGGUAACAAAAUACAAAACCCAAUGGAUAUCACUCAGGAGUUCGCCAACUAUUACUCCAGCCUCUAUAAUUUGGGCGAAAGACCAGAUACCCCCCCCAUCCAGGACAGUAACAUCACGGAGUUUCUAACCCGUCUACCCCUCCCCAAAAUAAACCACCACCAAAUAGAACAAUUACUCCAACCUAUUACUCUAUCAGAAGUACUCCAAACAAUAAGGAACCUCCCCCCAGGAAAAACCCCAGGAGCAGACGGCCUACCAAACCUGUAUUAUAAAACUUUUGCAGACAUAUUAGGCCCUAAACUUGUCCAAAUAUUCCAAGCAGCUUCUGACUCGGGAGAACUCCCUCCUGAGAUGCUACUAGCAACUAUAGUUACCCUGCCAAAACCUGGGAAACCCCCGGACCAAUGUAAAAAUUUUAGACCUAUCUCCUUAUUAAAUACAGACGCUAAGAUAUACGCAAAAAUCCUGGCCUCCAGACUGGGUAAAAUCCUGCCCUCAAUCAUAGACGAUGACCAAACAGGGUUCGUGAUGGGGAGACAGGGGUUAGACAAUACACGAAAACUGUCCCUAAUUAUGGAAAAAUUGAGAAGAUCAGGCCAAGGUGGGCUACUGUUAGCUCUGGACGCUGAAAAAGCGUUUGACCGCCUAGGUUGGUCCUUCUUGAAACAAGUCUUAUCGACAUUUGGAUUCCCACAACAGUUCAUUCAACAAGUAUUCGCCCUAUAUUCACACCCAAGGGCUCAGGUACUACAAGCAGGCUUCAAAUCAGACCCCUUUCGCAUUACAAACGGCACCCGACAGGGAUGCCCUCUGUCCCCCCUGUUGUACGUACUGGCCCUGGAGCCCUUACUAAUAGCCAUUAGAUCCCAUCCAGACAUUGAAGGCGUAAAUUGGCACGGCCGCCAAAUCAAGAUUAGUGCAUUUGCGGAUGAUAUCCUUCUAUAUGUUUCCCAUCCUGUUACCUCCCUACCACACAUAAUGCACCUUAUCGAGGAAUAUGGUGGUCUCUCAUACUACUCCUUAAACACUUCCAAAACACAAGCAUUAGGGUUACGCCUAGAUCCCCCAGCCCUCACACAGCUACGUAAAACCUACCAAUUCGAAUGGCGCACGAACGAUAUUAAAUACCUAGGCCUGACGUUCACCAAAAAAGCUUCCGACAUGUUCCCAACUAACUACACCAAAGUAUGGAAUGAGUGCCUGACCUUGAUAAGGGGCUGGGAAAAAUUGUUCCUUACUUGGACGGAACGAAUUGUGGCUAUUAAAAUGUCGGUACUACCGAAACUACAAUAUGUGUUUCGGAACCUCCCGUUAAAGGUACCACAAUCUUACUUUAAAACCAUACAAUCGAAGCUACUGCAGUUUACCUGGGGAGCAAAACGGGCGAGAAUUUCUUGCAAACUACUAUCCGCACCAGUGAAACACGGGGGCAUGGCGUUUCCAAAUGUAAAAGCCUACUAUCAGGCGGCAGCCUUAACCCCUCUAUUAACACAUUUGGUGAGGAACAACCAACCACAAUGGGUACACCUAGAGAACCUAGCUGUUAAGCCCUUUGCAAUCCACAUCCUGACAUGGCUGCACAAAUCAAACAGACCAACUACACCGUUACUACCAUUACAAGUACAACUAGCGUUACAGAUUUGGGACACGCAUAGGAGGAAGUUUGAGACAGCCAACCCCCUCUCCAUGGCAACUCCCAUAGAAGCCAUAACAUACUGCAUCCCAACAUUUCACGCAAUGCCGUGGAAGGACAAGGGAAUCUCACACCUAGCUCAGGUCUUUGAAUCAGGCAAGCUGAUGGGUUUUGACCGUCUUAACACGAUCUUUAACCUGCCACACACAUCAAGCUAUUCAUACAUCCAACUUAAAUCCUUUCUACAUACACGUAAUAAAGAUAGUAGAAAUGAGACUACAAUUGCCAGUGCGCUAUCGACCUGGGAACAAACAGGCAUCACAGGCAAACUACCCCAGACCUUCAAACCCUUAUCUGGCUGCUACAGACUUAUUCUGCCAUACCAAUCCCUUUCUGACUCCACUCCAGCACACCAAUGGGAAAUGGACCUCCAAACUCCCAUCACUGAGAAACAGUGGUCUUCUAUCACAUCUUCCACUAGAAAAUUGAUCAAAUCUGCUCCCCUUAUAGAACAACACCAGAAAACAAUAUAUCGGUGGUAUAUGGUGCCGCUACGUAUACACAAACUGUAUCCCACUGCGUCUCCGACGUGUUGGAGAUGCAAACAAGAGAAAGGCUCGGUCCUCCACAUUUGGUGGAAAUGUCCACGCCUAAUCAGGUAUUGGGAAGACACAGGAAAAAUCAUUGCAGAUACUACCACCAUCCACCUACCCUUUGACCCUAAGACCUUUUUACUGUUAGAUAUACCCAGAGAAACACCCACACAAGCGAGAAAAUUAAUGUACCACGUCCUGCUAACCGCACAAAAACUGAUCGCACGACUCUGGAAAACAACAGACACCCCUAGCAUUCCUGCCCUCAUCCAAGACAUAGACAAGCAAGCUAUUUACGAAACAAGCUUUUCCAAAGCGCAGAAUAGCACCAAAUGUAGUGGUAGCACAUGGGAACAGUGGCGAGCUUGGAGAAACGCUAACGCACAACACGUACCCACCAAUCACAACUUAAAAUAACAACUCAACUAACCACAAAAGCUAAACGCAGGUAGACUGGGGGUGGAAAUCGCCUCAAGAAUGUGGGGAACACUAUUACGUCUGAGAGUAGUAUACAGCAGACUGGGACCUAGGAAUGGGUAGUAAGCCUAGAUAGUCGGAUCAUUUGUACUGUGAUGCAUAAAGAGAUCAACCGAUUACUGUGCGCUGUUGAGCCGCCUCAAAGGCCUGCAAAUGUCAACUGUCAAUUGUCAAUUUUUAUAUAUUCCUAACCGACAUAGGAUUCGAUGUAAAGUGACUGUACCCCCCCCCCUUUUUCCCACCUCCCUUCUCUUUUUCUGUACCCAACCCCACCCACCCCUCGUUUUUUUUGAUGUGAAAACCAAUAAAAUACAAAUUUCAACAAAAAAAAAUAUGCAAAACUUGUUUCUUGAUAUUGCAGUAGAGGUUUUCCAGGAGAUCCUCAUUUAUCAGCUGUUCAUUUCAUUGCCCCUUUUAUGUAUCUCAGAAUUUUCCAAUUGCACCCCAUAUUAAUGUAUUCUACAUUCCACUUGUAGCAUUUCUUACAUCUUAGUUUUGGUAAAGUUUAUUGCUUCAUUUAAACUGGACUUCUGUUGACUCUUAGGAACUGAAUGCACAUAUAGAGAAAGGCAUGGGCCGAAAACUAGCUGAUCGUUGCUCCAGUGCAGUGAAUUCAUCCAUACAGAACGCACAAGAAGACAUAAUAGGUAAGCUUUGUAUAUAAUGCUUUGUAUGCGUGUGUCUAUACACAUGUAUAUUCACAUAGCCACUUUUUUUUAAUUUUUUUAUUACAUUGAUGUAAUUUGUUUUCUAAAUUUAUUUUGUGUGUGACUUUAUUUACUUCUUGUACAUAUUCUAUAUAUGUUCAAUGUUGCAAACAAGAUCCUUUUUAGUAUACACUCUAUUGGGACACCUGACCAUUACACCAAACGGCACUUUUAUGACAUUGCAUUCUGGAUACAUAUACAGGGAUGAAAGUUCUUAUUGUAAAGGUGGCAUCCUGUCACAGUACCAUCUUCAACUCACGGAGUUCUAAAGAAUGACUAAUUUUUUCACAAAUUUUUAUAAAUGCAGACUGCAUGGCUAGCUGCUUGAUUUUAUUCACCUGUGGCAAUACCUGUGAUUGAAACACCUGAAUUAAUUAAUUAAGAGGUGUGUCCCAAUACUUUUGUCUAAAAGUGUAUAUUGCCAAAUAACCUUGUGCAUGUUUUGUUUGACAGAAAAGCUGAAGCCUUUGCUGCCCUCCAGUGUUGAAAAAGAAAUUUACACAUCCUUACCAUGUAGAAAGUUUGAUCUCAGCUACAAUCUAAACUGUGAUAAGUUGUGCGCGGAUUUCCAAGAAGACAUUGCCUUUCGCUUUUCCUUUGGCUGGACAUCACUUGUUAAUCGAUAUCUGGGGGAAAAGAAUGCCCGCCUCUUAUUGGCAUUUGCAGAACCAACAUUACAGGUAGUCACUUUAUCCUAACUAGAUCUAUAAUCAUGCAAUGAUCUAACUUCUCCUCAUCUAAUUAUCUCUCCACCUUCGCAUUCAGUAUCAAGUAAGUAGAAAACUGCAGGAUAGUAGGGGCUAUCAUUUCUUAACUUUUCAAUAAGUUGUAAUUUCUGCACAGUCUUUGUACAACUCGACCAAUAGUGAACUUGCCAAGCAUUAACCAAGUUAUUAAUGAGGGUGUGGAAAAAAAAAACACAACUAUUUAUCUUUUUCAAGGUACCUCGGCCAGUCACUACCCCUUCUGCAAAUGGUAUGCCUGCUAUGUCACCACAGUCUGCAACCCAGGAGGAGCUCAUGUUCUCAUUAAUGUCUGGCUUGGCAUCACUAACGUCAAGGGGGUCCGUGGGAGUCAUUAUAGUAGGAGGAGUGGUAAGUACUGAAAAAAUAAAAUACUUAAAAGCUCCAGCUGACUUUUUCUGUUUGUGAUGUAAAGUUAUUUAAAAUUGAAUAACAUAUUGGAUACUUUGGCAGAAAUUUUCUUCAUAUUACAAAAAAAUACCAUCCUUUAUAAUCUCUCUUGUGGAAAUACAACCUGGUUAGCAGUUUUGAGCCUUUAGUUCUUCCCUGUCCAAGUACUUUAAAAGAGGAAGGACUUUUUGCUUGAACUUUGGAAAAGUCGUUGAAUUAAAUCCAAAUUCUUGUGAUGGCAUUCUUACUUGUUUUCUACCCAAACCAUCUUAAAUAUUAUAUAGAAUAUCUUAAGGAUACAAGUCUAAAGUGUUAAUGUAGAUUAAAGUGUGCCCACAAUUAUGUGAUACUUUGUAAUGGUAUGUAUGAAAGCCUUAGAUUAGAUGUGCCUGUGUUAAAAUCCAUUGUCUUGUCUUGUUUACAUUUUGAAAUUUCUGUUCCUUUACAACAGUGCACCCCUAAACAAUAACAUAUUGUAUUAAAGGCAGUGCAGAAUAUUGUAAUAUGCCAACAUUGUCUAUUGUAGAAGUCCCAGGAAAACCAGCUAUUUGCAUUUUUAGGCAUAUGUGUUGUUGAUGUGUUAUUAGUAAAGUCUAAUAUUUUUAAUUUCCUUGGAUAUUUUUACAGAUUUGGAGAGCUGUGGGCUGGAGGCUGAUAGCCGGUUGUUUAUUGGGUUACGGUGGAUUAUACUUGUAUGAGAGGCUAACGUGGAGCACAAGAGCAAAGGAAAGAACAUUCAAACAGCAGUUUGUAAACUAUGCUGCCAAAAAACUGCACAUGAUUGUAAGCAUCACGAGUGCAAACUGCAGUCACCAAGUUCAAAAGUAAGUGAUUUCAGCUGGGGUCUAUAUUGUUUUUUAACAUGAACCUUGGUAGAUGCUUAGACGCUUGGAUGUUGAAAUUUGUAAAUUUUCUUCACAUAUGUUUAUGUUCUGUGCAGAGAGCUGGAAAACACUUUUAUCCAUUUAUGUCAGCAAGUUGAUAUCACAGAAAGAGAACUCAUCAAGUCAAUCAAUAACCUAACUGAUGAAAUAAAACAGCUGGAAGGGAUCCAGAGCAACUCCAAGGUUUUAAGGUAUGGAAGCUGUGUAAAAUGUUAUACAAUAUUGAUGGUAACAAGAUGUUAGGUGCUGUUUUAUUCAUGUAAUUGUUUACAAACCCCAUGCUUUAGCUCAGGAUGUAUGUGUUUUGGAUGGGUUUUAUGUUAGUUUGUUUUGGGUUGGAGGAGGUGUGUGGAUUUGUGUUUUUAUAUUUUGUUUUAUUUUUAUCUAUGGUUAUUUAAGGGUAGAGAUAGUGGGUAUUUCUCUUAAGCCUUUGUGCAGUGGUAUGUACCCACACACUUACAACUUUUUAUUUCUGAAUUCUGAACUAAAGAGGGUUGAGAGAUUUUUGUGCUAUCUUUCCGUUAGUCCCAUGGACUCUUCCUUUAAAAAAUAAAAUAAAAAAAUGAAUCAAAAAUAUUACACAAAGGGAAUCUGUUAGGAAAGUGUUGUGACAAACCUCCUUCAGGUCUCAAUGGAAAUCCUUAAAGUAACUUUGCUUGUAUGCUAGUAAAUCUUAUAGAUUGUUUUUUUUUUUUGUUUUUUUUUUUAUAAUUGUUUUAAUAUUUUUAUUCUGCAGAAAUAAAGCAACACACCUCGAAGCUGAACUAGACCAGUUCAUCAAGACAUUCCUUCACCAGAGCAAGUAAAGUCACAGUAUGCAGUGGCUGAUGCCCAGCCAAGUUGGGAACAUGACUUGAAGAGCUAAGGGGAUACUGAACGUAUGCAAACUCGUUAUCCUUGUUAAUAUCUUCCUUUUGUUAGUCUGCUCCAAACACAGGGAACUAUACACAGUGGAAUAAUCUAGGCUUUUGGAACUGCAAGACAUGCAGUUUGAGAAAAUGGUACAAUAUGGAAAGUACUGGAAUAUCGAAUGGACUGAACUUUAAGACUGUGUAUGAAGUGCACAUAAAGGUACAACAUAUAACAGUUACUAGUUUUGGCAGCCAUUGAUCUUCGUAUCAAAGAUCCAGUAUGGUUAUUGAUAUCAACUGAAUUUUUUUUUCGACCUAGAUUAAUAUGAAUGUAGCUGACCUAUAAAAGUUCUUAAAGUCCAGUCAUUCACGCAAGUUGAUACCAUUAUAUAAAUAGUUUUACUUUAUUUUCAAAGGAGACUUUUAUUAAUGUUUCUCUUUUUUUUUUUUUCUUUUUUUUUUUUACACAGUUGCUCUUUUAUUUGAAUAUCGUUUCCACAUACACCAUUGUACUAAAAUGUGAUCCAAAGUUCAGAAAUAGUAUUAUUUACAAAAUAAUGUAUUUAUUUCAAUGCACACAAUAUUAUCAAUUGCCUAAUGC